AUGGAAGCACCCAGAAAAAUGGACAACAUCAACAACAACAACGACAACAACGACAACAUCAACAACAACAACAUCAACAGCAUCAACAACAACAACAACAACAACAACAGGAACCUCAACAUCAACAACAACAAAAUGGACAUCAACAACAACUUCAAAAACUUCAGCGGAUCCGAGGAUGAUGAUGAUGACGAGGGAGAUAAGAAUGACCAUGAUAAUGAUGACCAAAACGAUGAUCAUGAUAGUGAUGUCUCUGAUGAAGAGGACAACGACGACGAUGAAAAUAAUUAUAGUGGAGUUGAUGACAACAACAACAACAACUCAUACAUCAUAAGUCAAAACGCCAAAAACAUUAUUCACAACAACAACAACAACAACACCAACACUACCGCCGGCAACAAAUUCAACAACACAACCAUCAACAACACCAUCAACAACGACAACAACAACAACUACAACACCAUCAACAACAACAUCAACAACAACAACGACGACGACAACAACCGCAAAGAAAUAAAUCAGAAAGCAGCCAUGAAGCAAUCCAUCAGCAAUAAUAAUAAUAACAACAACAACAACAAUAAUAAUAAUAAUAGCCUCAAACAUCUCACCCAUCGCUAUCAUCGUAACGUUGUUGCAGGCAAGUCAAAUAUGCUUAAUGACAGCAUUAGCAGACGACAAGAUGGUAGUGGUGAUGUUGAUGAUACUGCAGCUACUGCAGCUGCUACUGCUACUGUUGCUGCUGCUGAUGGCGAUGAUGAUAAUGAUGAUGUCGUAGUUGAUGAUUAUGAUGAUGAUGUCGUAUUUGGUGGCCAUUAUGACGACGACGACGAUGAUGAUGAUGGUGUGGGUGAUUAUUUUGAGAGGAGUGUCAAGGAUGAUUAUUAUUAUGAUGAAAAUUAUGAUUAUGGUGAUGCUGAUAAUAAUAAUAAUAAUAAUAUUAAUAUUAAUAUUCCUAAUUUGAACAACGACAAAUUUGUUAACGGUAAUAAUAAUAAUGUAGAUGUUAUUUCAUCCGUGAGAUAUAUAUCUAAUGAACGGCAUCUUGUCCGUGUGUGGCGAAACAACAACAACAAUAAUAAUAAUAAUAAUAAUGACAACGUUAAUAACAACAAUAAUAAUAACAAACUCAACGACAGUACAGUCACCAAUGACAUGAAUAAAAGAACUAUCAAAAUCAGAAGUGUUCGAAAAAAUAUCAACAAAAACAACAGCAAUAAAAACAACAACAACAAAAUGAACAACAUCAACAACAACAAUAUCAAAAUGAACAACAACAUCAACAACAACAUCAAGAUGAGCAACAACAACAACAUCAUCAACAACAACGCGAAUGACGUCAACAUCGUCUUCAAAAUAUUAGUUAAUUACAUCUCAAAUUUCGCUAAAACCGGAUCAGAGGAUGAAACAGAUGACUACAAGAGUGACGGCCCGCUCAAAUAUUGCUCAGAAAUCGGACAAAUCUGCAGUAGUAAUAGUAAAAUUAGUACUGCCACUACUGCUACUGCCACAAGUUGUAGUAGUCGUGGUGGUAGUAGUAGUAGUAGCUGCAGUGGUGAUUGCAGUUUUGAAUGUUGUGACAGUGGCAGCAAAACUUGCUGCGUUGCGAGUUGUGAAGAUGAUGACGUUCAUAACAGCAUCAACAACAACGAUAAUGACAAAAAAAGCCACAACAACAACAAAAACAAAAGUAAUAACAUCAAUAAUGUAUGCUACUUGUGCGAGGGUUGUGACGAGAUAAAAAUAUUUACUGGCAGUAGAAGCCGCAUAAACAGCCUGAACCCCAUUAAAAAUCAUAGAGGUGAUAAAAGACUUUACAACAACCACAACUACGGCUACCACAACUACGGCUACCACAACAGCCACAACUACGGCUACCACAACAACCACAACCAGAUUGAAAAUGACAACAGCAGCACUACAACUACUAAUAAUUCCCUCCCUAACAUUUUUCCUAUAGCAAACCAUAAAAAAAUUGAUUGCAGUAGCAGCAGCAACAGUAGUAAUAACGGUAGCGGCGACAGCAGCAGCAGUGGUACUAGCAGCAGAGGUAGUAGUAGCAGUAGAGAAGAUUCGGAAGUUACAAUAUGCUCUGAAAGUUCUGUUUCCCACGAAUGGUUAGAAUUCAAAAUGAACGCAAGAAUAUCUGGCUAUCCAACGCUCGUAAAUUUCAAUGGCAAAGACGAAAAGAUAACUCUAUGGAAUGAAAUUGUAAACAACAACAACGACAACAACAACAAACACAACUACACAACCAUAAUAUCGCUUGGUAUUUCCAUAACAUCUAUAAAUGUCAUAAUCCUCGCUUGCAUCAUAUGGCACAGAGCUAAAUUAAGAACUGAUCGAAAGCGAAAGCGAUUUGUUGCAACAAAAGUAGAACAACAAAACAACAACAACAACAUUGUUGCUAACAAUUUUGCAACAGCAGCAGCAACAACAACAACAAAACCGUUUAUUUUUGAAGGCAGUAACCAUAACAACUGUGUAAUCGACGAUGACGAAGAAAGCAACAACAACAACAACAAUAACAACAAUAACAAUAGUGAUUUCAACAACAAUUAUGGUAAUGAUCGUAAUGUUGUGACAUUGAAAUUUGUUGAUGAAAAUGUUGAUCUCGGUGGUUUGCGAAAGUUUUCAACAUUCCAAAAGCAUCAACAACAAUCUUAUCGAAAUCACAUCAACAAUACUUUCAACAACAACAAUAACAUCAACAAUAAUAACAAUAACAAUAAUAAUAAUUAUAAUAAUAAUGCUGCUAAUGAUAGUUACAACGAUAAUUAUUUUAAGAGAGCCUUAUCAUUCUCUGCGUUAGUGUCAAACUUAAAUACACAUAGACAAAUUGAAUUCAGCAACAAAAACAUUAACAACAACAACAUUUGUAGCAGCGACAACAACGACAGCAACAGCAACAACAACACAUCUUUCCAGACGUUUUUAACAUUUUCUCAGCAUCUAGCAACAGCUACAACAACAGCGUAUAGUAAUUCUACAUUGCCAAGCACAAACAACAAAGACCAACAACAACAAAACAAUUUGUUUAACUACAAGUAUGUAACAUUCCAAAACAACAACAGCGACAUCAACAACAACAAAGCAAAAAACUGCAUACCAUCACCGAUCGAACGCACAAUUCCAUAUAGUUGCAUGAAAUUAUCGUCGAAAGUGCUGGACAACCGCAAUAACAAUCACAUCAACAACAGAAACAACAACACCUACUAUAACAAUAACAACAACAACAACAACAUCAACCACAACAACCACAACAAAAACAACAACAACAACAUCAAUAACAUCAACAACAUCAACAACAACAACAUCAUCAACAAUAACAACAAAUUAACAGGGCAAGACAAAACCGUCCAUUUUUCAUUGCAACCCCCGCCCCCUCCAAAAAUCAAAUCAUUACUAUUACCGCCACUACCAGCAUCAUCAUCAUCAUCAUUAUCUUUAAAAUUACCAUCAUCAUCAUCGUCGUCGUCGUCGUCAUCUUCAUUGCCAUUAGCUUCACAAACAUCUUCGCUAUCAUCAUCAUUAUCGCCGCAAACAAUAUUAUCAGCGUUACUAUCACCAACAAUAUCAUCAUCAUCAUCACCACCAUCGUCAUCUUCAAAAACUGCAACAAACACAUCAACAACGACGUCUGCAACAACAACUACAACAUCAACGUUAGCAACUUGUAAUAGAACGAUCAGUAACAACACUAACAACAACAACAACAUCAACAACAACAAUAUCAACAACAACAUCAACAACAAUAACAACAUCAACAACAACAAUAUCAACAACAACAUCAACAACAAUAACAACAUCAACAACAACAGCAACAACAUCUCGAUUCUUGCUGAUAAAGUUGCGACAACAAAAACAAAAAAAUUUACUAAGCUAACAACGACAAUGGUCUAA